AUGGUUUCCCAAGAAGGCGAAACGAGCCACGCCAGGCCCUUUGUGCCUGGCACUGUCCAUCUGGUCGACUUGGAGGGUACCAUGCGGGCAAAGCAUGCCUCCAAAGGCCAGAAGGAUAUCGUCCUGGUCCCCGCCCCGAGCAACGAUCCCGACGAUCCCCUGAACUGGAGCCCGCGUCGCAAAUUGCUCUCGACAUCCUGCAUGUGCGUGUACACAUUGAUGGUGGGCAUUGCAUCUGCCGCGAUUUAUUCCGUCCUGGUCCCCAUCAGUGAGGCAACUGGUAUGACGCUGGGAGACCUCAACUCUGGCACGGGCUACAUGUUCUUGUUUUUCGGUUGGGGUUGCCUUGUCUGGCAGCCACUGGCCCUUCAAUACGGCAAACGACCCAUCUACCUUCUCUCUUUGAUCGCCACCCUCUGCACUCAGGUCUGGGCCGGCUAUACGAAGACAAACGGACAAUGGAUUGCGAACAAGAUUCUUCAGGGCUUCUUCGGCGCGCCGGUCGAGUCACUCUGUGAGAUAUCAGUCACUGACGUCUACUUCACCCACGAGCGUGGCUUCUAUAUCGCCAUCUACGGUCUUUUCCUGGCGGGCUCCAACUACUUUGCUCCCAUCAUUUCCGGUUUCAUCGCCGAUGCCAUGGGAUGGAAAUGGGUUCUCUUCUGGGCAGCUAUCUUCAACGGCAUUGGCUUCAUUUACUGCUUUCUCUUCAUGGAGGAGACCAACUACUCCCGAAAGACAAUUGCAGGGCAAGAGGACAAGGAGGAGAGCGGGACGCUGACGCCCGAGACGGUUCAGCCAGAGAAAGGAGCCACACCAGACGAGAAGGCUGUUCUUGGAGCAUCCUUACCGCCCACCGAGGAGGGUCUCGGAGUCAUCAACCUGCCCAAGAAGACAUAUCUGCAGAAGUUGAAGCUCUUCCAACCCGGCGUCUUCUCCAAGAAGAAUGAGCUCAUUGGCAUGAUGACCCGACCGCUCAAGUACAUGAUCACCUUCCCCGUCGUGGCAUACGCUGGAUUUUCCUACGGAAGCAGUCUUGUUUGGUUCAACGUGCUCAACGGUACCGCGUCUUUGAUACUUUCGGGCACUCCCUACAACUUCGCCGCUUCCAUGGUCGGAGUCAGCUACGUGGCUCCCCUCCUCGGCGUAUGUGUCGGCGCUGCCUACACCGGCUAUUUCGGCGAUUGGUUCAUCCUUCGGUUCGCGCGAAGGCACGGUGGCAUCAUGGAGUCCGAACAUCGGCUGUGGCUGUUCGUAGCCUCGUGGUUCGCCAUCCCCCUCGGGCUCAUCCUGUGGGGGGUGGGCGCGGCGCACCACGUGCACUGGUUUGGCCUGGUCUUUGCCAUGGGCGUCAUCGCCUACACCAACACCAUCGGUUUGCAGCUCAGCAUCAGCUACAGUGUCGACAGCUACCGCGACCUGGCGGGCGAGACCAUGAUCACCGUAAUCAUCAUCCGCAACACCAUGUCCUUCGCCAUCGGCUACGGCCUGACCCCGUGGGUCGAGAACAUGGGAUACCAGAACGCCUUCAUCGUCGCCGCCUUUGCCGGUCUCGCCCAGGUCCUGACCCCGCUCAUCUUCAUCAAGUACGGCAAACGCCUGCGUGUAGCCUCUACCAACACCUAUCUCAAAUACGUCAAGGAAAUCACCGAUGCCGGCCUCACCCAUUAA